GGUUGUGAUUCCAUGCAGUCAUCAGUCAACGCAUUUUGUAUGUUGAAUAUAUUUAAAAUAUCUCUUUACAGCAGCCGGUGUUACGGCUCUUGCCAAUUAAAAGAUUUCUGUUCUUAAGAUUUGGAUUUAUUUUGAAAAUCUCCACCGGAAAGCGAUUUCUCUAUUUAGGUUGGAUAACACGGAUGCGCACACUGAGGUCGAGCUGAUGGACGCGUGUGAAGCAAAUGUGUCGGAUGUUGGCCUUAAAUCUGGGGACAGGGUGCUGUUGGUGUGGACACAGCCUUCAGACCCAGAAGUCUUGAAGAAGAUGGCAGCUGACGUGCAGGCCAUUGUCGGCACCCAGGGAAAAGUGUCAGUGGAAAAUGCAGAAAAACUGCUUUUAUCUUCUCAUGUGGCGUCAUCUUUUGACUGGGUGCUCUCAUUUUCACUGUCGGAUACCUCUUCCAGCCACAGUGUAGAGGGCCUCUCGGAGAUGGCCCGAGCGCUUAGGCCUGGCGGAAAACUACUUCUAGAGGAGCCUGUGACAAGUUCAGAAAGGGAGAAGCUGGAGUCGGAUCUCAAAUUGUCGGGCUUUGUUUCAGUCACAGAGGAGAGUCCAGCACAGGGAGCUCUCGGGACAAAUGGACUGCGGAGGACACGCUUGUCUGCUUCAAAACCUAACUUUGAGGUGGGCUCUUCAAGCCAGAUCAAAUUGUCAUUUGGAAAAACAACAAAGAGGCCUGAAAAAGCUGCUCUGGAUUCCAACACUGCCAAGAUGUGGACGCUGUCUGCCAAUGAUAUGGCAGAUGAUGAUGUGGAUCUAUUAGAUUCUGAUGCUUUGCUGGAUGAAGAGGAUCUAAAGAAGCCAGAGCCUGCAUCACUCAAAGCGGCCAGCUGUGGACAGGGAACAAGCAAGAAGAAGGCCUGCAAGAACUGCACGUGUGGACUGGCUGAGGAGCUAGAGCAGGAAAGCAAGGGAAAACAGAGCAAUAAUCUACCAAAAUCUGCCUGUGGAAGUUGCUACCUUGGAGAUGCCUUCCGCUGUGCAAGUUGCCCAUAUUUGGGCAUGCCAGCUUUCAAACCAGGAGAGAAAAUCCUGCUGGAUAGCAACAUUCUCACGGAUGCUUAAAUAGCUUCUUCCAAACCCUGCAUUCCUUUUCUGUUUUCAAAACUCUUGACUUUGUGAAAUAUCAAUAUGUCCAUUAAACAAUUAAGUGGAAUAA